GCCAAGCAGCAAGAUGGCUCUCCGUUCCUGGACCCCCGAUAAGGGGUUUGUCAGCGAGAAAGCGACGCGGCCUGCCUCAGUCUCUACCAGCCUCUCCCUGGAGCUAUGCAACUUCCCCAGCACCCUAGGCUCCUCCGUAGCGGCCGCCGCAUUAGAGCAGCUCCUAGUUGUGGAAAAAUCUCUGCAAGGUGACUAUUUCACUUGCAAUGAAGAAGUUAAAACCUUCCUUAAGGACAUUACUGUCGCUGUUAAAAAAUUGGAAGAAAUGAGAAAAAAGACAAUUGAACUUCUGGAAAUCGAGAGCAUGGAACUGAGCAGACUCUAUUUUCUGCUGGAGACUGUGCCCAACAGCAUCAACCGGGAGCUGGAAGAAUGCAUCAGAGAUGCUCGCAGACUAAAUAUUGUUGAGAUAAAUCAAAUAAAAACCAAGAUCAAAAGUUUGGAUGACGAAGUGGAGUCUCUGAAGAACACAAUAAGUGAUCUGAAGGAAGUGAACGAAGCUCUGGGUGUAAAGCAAGCAGAGCUGGCAAAGCAGCAUGCCAAGUUUGUCCUGUCGCUGAACCAGACCCUGGAAGAGAAAGCCGCAGCCACUAUUUAUAUAAAUGACACUUAUACCAGAAUAAACUUUGAGAGAGAAGAAAUUGUACUCCAAAAACAAGGUCUGAAAGAGGCACAUGAGUUAAUAGAAAAACAUAAAGCAGAGUAUCUUGAAAAGAAAGACCAGUUGACUACCCAGAUGAAGGAGAUUAAACAACACUGUGAAACAAGGAGAAAAGAGGCAUACAGCAAGAAGAAAGAAUUGACCAGAUUACAAAAUAAAAUAAUAAAAAUUAAGCAAACAGUUACUACCAGCACAGUGAUGCUUAGUGAUCACAGUUUGGAGAUGGCACGGCUUCAGGAAUCAUUAGGCAUUUGGGAGAGAAAGGCAGAAGACAUGAGGAGAGUUUGUAUAAGUUUGGAGGAAAAACUGUUGUUUUUUCGGACUCACAAGGAAUACCUGGAUAUUGCAUCUUCUAGCAAGAAGAAUGUGUUCGUGUAUAAGAUACAGCAGAUGGGGGAAAAACUACAGAAAACUCAAUUAGAGAACAAAGAGCUCCGAGGGAGACUACACGAACUCAUCAGACAAUAUAAGUUGGUCUCGAAGGAGGAAGAUAAAAUGUUCAUGCAAAAACAGAAGACCUAUGAUGAAAAUCAGAAACAGAUCUCACUCAUUAAUCAGAAAGAAAACUUGAUAGCACAAAGAAAACUGGACAUCAAAACUAUGGAAGAAGGAUUUGGAACCCUUCAGGAUCUUCUUCAAGCAACAAAGGAAGUAUAUCGAAAACAAAUAAAACUCUUGUGUGAUAAUCUGGAAAGAGAACUUCAGAGAUGUGUCGUUACUCAGUGGAAAAUAUGCUGUGCGAGAAAAAGGCACGCACGUUCGCUACUUAAGAUAAAGGUGACCAUGAAAACGAUUUUAAGUGAAAUUGAGCUUGCAGAAGAAAGGCGAGCUGAAUUACUUGAAGAGACAAAACGCAGAGAACAGGAGAUCUAUGAAUUUGUGCAGGAAAUUGGGACACUUAAAUUGGAAUUAGAAGAAGAUGAAAAGGAAUUUGUCAAAAAAGAAAAAAAGUUAAUGCAUGAAUUAAACAAGUAUGAGAAUUUGAUUAUAAGAGAGGAGCAGACAAACAAGGAAAGGGAAGAGGAGCUGGUGGACAGCCUUCCACAGCUUCAGGAAGCAGAAGAGGAGUUCAAAGAAAAGAACAGGAACCUUAAAUCCCUCCACAAUGAUCUUUCAGCAAGGAAGCAAGAGGAGAAUUUAUUGAACCACUACAUUUUCCGCUUUAAAAAGGAUAUCACCAAAUAUUCGGACAACACGGACAUUGUGAAGAAAGAAUUAAAACGCUUACGGGAGGUUGAAAGUGAAAAAAUCAAAGAGCAUUUUGAAUUUCUAAAGAACUUGGAAAAUGAUAUCUAUGUGAAUGACCAAAAGGCAACCCUUCUCAUGCUGGAAAAUCAAAAAUUAAAGGAACAUCUUGCCUACCUGAAGACACAAACCCAAAUGUACAGAGAAAAGCAACAAAUAACCGUGCAGAACUCAGGUGACCUGUCUUGGCAGCUGAUAGCUCAGCACAAACACUACGGAGAUUUCCUGGCACAAUUUCAGAUCACAAUUAAGGAACUGUCGAACAUCGGAGGAGAUACCUUGCAAGAAAUUAAGACGCUAAUAGAUAAGCUGCAGUACCGGGAUGCAAGAAUCGAGGCCAUUAGUGCCUGGCUGCUGGGAGGGAUCGAAAGGCUGCAUCUUCUUAUGCUGGAGGAAUCAUCAUCUGAACGUCUUCGUAAAAAACACUUGGGAAAAUUCGGAAAGAAUAAAAAAGGUAAAAAGAAGGUCCGUUUUCCUCCAGCCAUUCGUGCUAGGAGAAACGCCUUAAUCCGGAGCAGCAAAUAACUUAAGGAAAAAACCUAG